AACAAUGGAAGAAGUGAUGUUAGAGGAUCACAUAGAAAUUUGUCACCAGAAAAUAUGAUGGCUGCAACACCAACAUAUGGGCCUGAAAAAAGAAGAAAUAAUUUAGAAAUAGUUGAAUAUACAGAAAUUAUGAAGAUAUUAGAUCCUAACCUGCAAGAUACAAUAAAAGACAUGGUAAAUGGAUUUCAUUUGCAGUAG